ACGUACGAAACCGGGGCAAAUUAAAUGUUCGGAUUAAAUGUCUGUAUAAUUUGCGACAUUUUGGGAUCGAACGAAGAAUUUGGUUUUGUCGAUCGAAGCGCGAAAUCGUAACCUGUUUAUUUUCUCAAAGGAUUUAUAAUCUUAGUAUUUAAAGAUGUCUGAGCCAAGUUGGUGUCUUAUUGGCGCAUUUGUUAUCAUUUUUCAACAGAUUGCUCCCAUAGCGUCGCAGACACAAAAGCGUAUGUAAAAACUAAAUUUUAAAGUACAGUAUGUUAAAUAGUACUUAACUGGCUUUAUGGCUAAGUGAACUUCUGAAGAUAUUAGACGGUUUCGAGAAGAUAUGGAUUUUAUGUUCGAGUGGCAAAACAAUAUUUCACGAGUGAGCGCAGCGGCGAACGAGUGAGAUAUUGUUUUUGGAGGGGGGCAAGGGUAUUUUCGUGACUCGUGAUUAGCAAUUAUUCGUGUUUCGUGAUUCGUGAUUUAAAGAAAUACUAUUCCGUGAAUCGUGAUUAAUAUGCGUGCCGUGAAUCGUGAAGAGCUAAAAGGAUAGCUAUGGUCUUGAAUUUACAAAUAUUUUACCCUAACUUGUGAAUGUUUACGUUUAAAACUCGGCCCAAAUGUAAUAUUAUGGGGAAAAUUUAUAAAUUUGCUUCCCGCGGUUGUCUUAGUUCUUGAGGUUUCUUCGUUUCAUCGGUAAACGUCGCUAUCGCAUACCUUCGUACCUCUUCGUAAACUUCGUGAACCAUCGUACGAUGCUCGUAAUGCCUCGCAAUGAUUUCCAUUGUCCUUUAGACAGCUCUAAUGUUAAAGUCAGUAUGUGUUAAAUGGUUUCAGACUUUCUUACGCUUCUGUGUAGUUCUAAAAAUCGUGAAAAUGAAAUUUUGUUUUUCGUGACUCGUGAAAUCGAAAAAUGAUCUUCGUGAUUUCGUGACGAGACCCCUUGCCCCCCCUCUUUUUGACACGAGUGUUUUAUAUGGACUUACAAAAAUACACACAAAGACGACUGUAAAUAAGCACGGGAAAGACCAGUAUAAAAGCGAUAUUUUUUAAAAUCAUAGUAAACAAACAUAAAACUAGACUGAAUAUUACUUAUCUCAAGAUGUAAUAUAAGAUGUGAUAAAUGUUUUCGUUUUAUUUCCAACGUUAAUUUCGUUUUAUAUACGAAUCAAAGACCAUUUGUAUUUUCAAAGCAACAAUAAAAAUGGCGGGAAAUUUUCAGAACUUCGUAUGUCACUAGCAGGGGUAAAAUAUGACAAAAACAGUUUUUCAUGUUGAGUUCUUCUUUUCCAAACAGUCGGAAAAUGUCCAAUUGCACCAGUAAAACCAGAAUGUCCUCCCCCAGUUAUACUAUGUUCAAUUGAUGUCGAAUGUCGCGGAAGUCAAAAGUGUUGUGAUGAUGGGUGCAGUGGUUCAGAGUGCCGAGAAGCAGAGGGUAAAUAUUUGUGAAAUAUUUGAAUUAUACUUACUCAUAAUAAUUUCAGAACUUGUGUGUGCAUGUGAGUGUGUUAUAGAUUGAGUGAGAGGAUAUUAUUCGAGUUGUUUUUCGUCUGUGUGCGAGAUCCAUAUAUAUACAAACGAAACUAACAUCCUGUUGUCCGAAGCUCAGUCAAUAAGUUUUAAAAACAAGAGCAUUCUUCGAAAACAAUGUUUAUAAAUUAGAAGUUCAACAACAGUUGUUUUGUGCAUUUAAAAACGCAACUUUCCGAUAACUUUCGUUGAUGAAAGCCAUAACUUUCGUUGAUGAAAGCCAAUAUUUUGACCAUAUUGGAUCGUCAUUGUUACUGUAGCAACAGUUUUCCAACUUUUAGUAGAUGGAAUUUUGGACCAAUAUUUAUAUACCAUUUUACAGUAGAUCCAGCUGGGAGCGGCCAGAGUCCGAAUUCGACUGCAUCAUCAAGGUUCGUGGGCUUUUUUCGUGAUAAGCGGAAUGGCGGGUUGAUAGCACAGUGCUUCGCCGGUACCUUGCACCUCAGUGACUGGCAGAGGUGUAUAGUCACGGGGGAAAAUGAGGGGUCCGAACCCCUAGCUCCCCCAUGCAAACUUUUCCUCAAGACCAAUUUUGUAAUUCUUUCAAAACUGAGGAGAAACAGGGGGUCGGGGUGGCGUAACCUCUUAAUGUUUUCAUCUUCGGCAUAAAAUACACCGAAUCUGUGGCUUUCAGAUUAUCAUAAAACGUGUCUAAAAGGCAUGCAAUAGCGUUUUGCAGACCCUAACCUAAAAAUAUAAAAAUAUUCCGGGGGUUAUGCCCCCAAAGUCCGGACAAUUUGUGGUGACUGCAUGGGGUCCGAUUCUUGCGAUAUGCUGUUGUGAUACUAAGUCUCUUUGAUGACGGAAUUUGUCCUCUUCAACUUUUCCUUGACAAGUUUUAUUUGAAAAGAAUUGACAAUUUCCUCUUCAAAACCGGUCUACAGAACAGUUAAGAACUGAUAAAACUAUCCUGUACAAAUUAGUUAUUUCAAAUUGAUUUAUGUAUUUCUUUGACUUUAUUAUACCAAUGGUAACCUUUCUCUUCAAUUGUAGCUCUCUUGUGGUUUUUCAUAGCACGCUUUCCUUUAAAGGUACAUGUUAUGCAUGUAAUGUAUUCGACCGGUGAAAUUCAUUAGCUAGUCGAAAGAUUGUAAAAUCAGAUAUAGAUUUACGAUCAUAAAGCGUCUGUUCAAUCAUGCACCAAGAUCCAACCGAGAUGAUCGUGUUGCUAAAGAGAUUAUAUUGAAAUAGACAUGCACAUUUUGCAGAAGUUAUAAUUAAGCUCUCUCUGACCACUCAAUUAUAUAUAUUUAUUUAUUUCUUAAAAUUAAUUAUUGCUACUCAAGUUUCACGCCUUAUAUUCAAGACGAUCUUCAGGCCUUGAACUCACUCAAACUUUAAAUAUUUUUUCUUUGCAGAUUUGAGGAAGAACCUCUUACUUUACUAUGAUUUUGACAACAUGACGCAAACACACGUUUAUGAUAGGUCAGGAAAUGGCAGGUAUGCCAGAAUGUAUAGUACAAACAUUGUGGAGGAAGAGGGAAAAUGUAAUAAAUCAAUCACCUUCAACUCUCAACCACUACAUAUCACUGAAGUAGCUUCUCCUAAUGCAACAUCUGUGAAAAGAUCAAGUCUGCAGAUUACUGUGGCCGUUUGGAUACUUUUAUAUGAGGUAAUUUCUUUAUACAGCUAAUGUAACCUUUACUACUUUGUGAUAUAGCUAUAAACUUGGCACCUUCCCCUCCCAUGGUAUCAACGACAUAUUUUCUUAUACUUAUAGCAAGUUAGCCUAAUUCUUCCUGACAUACUUCAUGAUCGUGUUCAUAUAUACAGCCAAUUCAAAAAAGUUGUCCUUUGCAAACCUUAAACUCUAAACUUCAAUCCUUAGACUCUAAUUGCACAAAGCUUAAUGGGAGCAUAAGUUUCAAGUUUGGUAGUUGGAUAUUGCAGCUAUUUGUGAAUGAAUUGUUCUCGUAAGGAGAUAUUUACCAUGUCUCUCAGCAAUGGGCCCCAAAUAUGAUUUCUAAACUGAUUAAAUGAUGCUCCCGUUAUGCUCUGCACGCUUAGAGUUUACCUUUUUUGAAUAUAUAUAUUUAUAUAUAUUUAAUAGACUUGAAGAUGCGAUGUAAUUUAACAUUUUCUAUUUACACUUUGUUUUGACUAAAUCCAUCUGACUGGUUUAUUUUAUCACCUGGUGCACGCGUAAAAACGCACAGCUUGUAACAAGUCUGCAAACAAGUUGUUACAAGUUUGUUCACAAGCUGUCAACAAGUUGUGUUCAUACUGCUUGUUCCCAGUUUGUUAUAACAAGUUUGAAACAAGCUGUUAACAACUUGUAACAAGCUUGAUGGCAUCAUCAGCCUUGUUACAAGACUGUGCUAACAAGUUUGUUACAGCCAUGAUAUAACAAGGAUGUUACAAGAUUGUCAACACAAGGUUGUAACAAUCUUGCUAGAUCAAGCAUGUAACGGACUUGUCAGAACAACCUUGCAACAAGUCUGGUAAUUUCGACAAGGUUGUUACAAGUUGUCAACAAGUUGUUCCAAACCUGUUGACAACUUGUGACAAACAGUGCGGACGCAACUUGUUGACGACUUGUUGGCAGACUUGUUACAAGAUGUGAGAUUUUUACGUGUGUAGUUGUUUCAUACAUGCAACGUGGAAAGAGUCAGGCUCUACAAAAGGUCGUGGGUUUUUUCCGUUUUCCUUCCACUGCAUGGGAAUGUUGACAAGGUGACUUGGGAUAAGUGACCUUUCCACCGUAGCUGUGCUCCGUUGUCACACAUGAGUCGAAAGGUGGCUGCCAGAAGCGCCCUUAUAGAAGGCCUAAAACUCGAUCAGGUUGAGCUGCGUCCUUCGUGAUUCAACUUAGCUCUCAGUUGCAAAUAAGAAUGAUUAUCAUUCACAUUAUUGAUUCGUUAAUUUACCUGCAAAUAACUGCGUGUAAAUAACACUCUGAGCACGCGCAUUGCCUUCAAUUUUUGUAAACAAUGGUUGUGUAAACUACAGUAUUUUCUUUUGUGAAUAAACGUUUGUGUGAAAAGCUCGUUGUACGUGUUCCUAGUCACAAUGUCUUAUAACGAAAGAUAAAACGAAGCUUUAUAAGAGAAUGAUAAAACAAUUAUUGAACUCGGUUCUCGCAAAAUAUCGUGACUUGUCGGUGGCUCGCAGAUCAAUUAUUUGCCUCUGCCUUCGUCAUCAGCAAAUAUUGAUCUGCUCACCACAGACAAAUCACGAUGUUUUGCUCAACCUCGUCCAAUCUCGUCAAUUUUAGCACUUCCUCAUGCACUUGCUUGCUAGCUUGCUUUAUUUACUAGCUCUCUGUGACUAGGUUGUGCGAAUGUCAAAUAUCACUGUAUGCAGCUGUUAGCCAAUCAGUGAAUACUUGUAUAGUAAUAAAUAUUACAAUGAUACUAUCUUGUUUUUUCUUGUUCUAAAUCAAGGGGAAAGGUAAAAGAACCAUUUUUACAAGUUUCCACGCAAGCAAGGAAAAAAAGUUCUUGUAUUUUGGAAUUUAUAAAGAUGACUAUCUGCGAUGGUUUGCGACAUCGGAAAAUUCAUGCAAGACGUUCGAGAAAGCUUCUCAGUUAAAAGUUGGAGCAUGGCAACAUGUGGCAGUUAGUUAUAAUUACACAAAUGGUAGGUAUAUCGUCAUUGCUGGCGUUCUAAAACAGAACUAACUUUAAUAGAUAACUAGGGUGAACACCAAACGUGAUUAGUGAUAAGUGGUCAUUUGGUUGGGGCUUCGGUGGGGACUUGGUUAGCGCACUUCAGCCUUUCACCUCUAAAGUCGCAGGUUCAAGUCUCAGUGAGAACUUUCUCGACGCGACUCGAACCCAGUUCUCGUGUGAAAAGAGUAAAAGUCUACGGUUUCCUCCCACAGGGAAAGUUGACAGGGUGGGUUAGGUAAAAGGGCCCACAGUAAUUGGCAUAUGCUGUUGUGGUGACCCUGCCCUAGUUGACAAAGCUAAAUAAACAAAUAAAAAAAAGUGAAAAAUUGUUGCCCGCCCCAACCGGCUACGUAUAUAAAUAAACAAAAUGGCGGGACAAAUCGCAAGUUUAUAAACUACGAUUUUCCAAGUUUGUGUUAAAAUAAAGAAUGUAAAAGAGAGGAAAAAUGCACAACAGGAAACAGGAUAUGCUGCUGAAACCGUUUAAGUAGGUUAUAUUUUAGUUUUAAACUCGUUUACAUUAUAGAGUUUUUGUCAUGAAAUAUAAUUGUUGUAUGACUGUUGUUGAUUUUUCUUUCGUCGCUAUAUACAGUAUAACAAAACACUUAAUGACUGUUCCCUCGGGAAAUAGUUUUGUUUCUCCUCGAGUCUUUCCCUCGACUUCGUCUCGGGAAAACAAUACCAUUUCUCUCGGGAACAGACAUGAAGUGUAUAAUGUCUUUGUUUCUUUUGUGAUUAUUUUAUAGGAAUCACAACCUGCAACUUUUUCGUUAAUGGCACUUUGUUUGAGGGGAAAGGAAACAACAAAGACUCUAAAUUGACUGCCAAAAAUACGCCACUUGGUAUUUCCCCUUUCAUUGGCAGUGUCAAUAGCCAAGGAGGUGAACCACUAAAUGGUUUCAUGGAUGAGUUUUAUAUCUUCGACAAAGCACUGUCUAAGGAAGAGAUACAAAAUCUUAUGAAUGAUACAUGUAAAACAAAUCAGUAAGUACUUAUCUAAUUUUUUACACGUUUCCUGAUUGGUUUUCUGGAAUAAAAAUGUUCAGUGUUUAUGACUGGUUCUUUAGAAAGAUGAUUUUCAGUAUAGUUUCGAACACACUAAAGUUUAAUACACAAAGAUGCGGAUUCCAUUGGAUACUAAUAGCUGUUUUGCGAAAUUGGGAGCAAUUUCAAAUCUGUUCAGUUUUUUAUACACCCUAGCUGUAUAUAGUUACUAGACCAAAUACUGAACGAAAAGGAGGUCGGUAGAUUACGGCGAAACGGUUGUCGAUCGAUGUUAAAAACUUUAUUGAACUGAAUGUAACAAAUAUAUAUAUAUAGAGGAUAUUACACGGCGGCGCGAAGAUAUGACUUUUUAUCUUCGAGUGGUGAAAACAAGAGAGGAAAAAUGCACAACAGGAAACGAAGUGGUUAGCACACUCGCCUUUCACCUCUAAGGUCGCAGGUUCGAAUCUCAAUGAGGACUUCUCAUUGCGACUGGAACCCAGUCCUAAUGUGAAAAGAGUAAGUCAAUGCUCUGCCGAAAGUCGUGGGUUUUCUCCGGGUACUCCGCGUUUCCUCCCACAGGGAAAGUUGACAGGGUGGGAGUUAGUAUUCAGGGCUCACAUUGAUACCAGUUCUUCUGAACUGACGUGACUACCCUGACGAAAUAAAGUUGAUUUAACUUUAACUUUUUAACUUUAAACAAUACGAGAAGAUAAAAGUCAUACCUUCAAGCCACCGUGUAAUGUUCUGUUUAUUAGCCUAUAUAGUCCCAAGCAAAAAAUUGUAUAAAUACUAAAAGUCACGUGAUCGAUAUCUUCACUAGUGAAGAUAUGGGAAAUAUGUCACUGAGUAUUUCUCAGUAUCUCACUCUCUACACACGUAAAAAUCUCACAACUUGUCAACAAGAUGUGUUCGCAACAGGCUUGUAGCAAGCUUGUCGACAAGUUGUAACAAUGCUGUUGUUUUAUCAAGUUGCUACAAGGUUGUCACUCACAACUUGUUGACAACUUGUUGAAUUGCAGGACGAUAACAAGUUGUUGGAACAACUUGUAACAGGUCUGUUGAGCUCAGCAACCUUGUAUGUAUCGCAAGUUGUCAACAAGCCGUUGACAACUUUUCAACAAGCUGGGAACAAGCAGUGCGAACACAUCCUGUUGACAAGUUGUUGGAACAGCAUUGCUACAAGUCUGCUGCAGGUUUGUUACAACUUGUGCGUUUUGUACUAUAUAAUAAAUAGAGAAUAAUACACGGGUGUACGUAUAUUCUCGUGUUGAACAUGAUAUCUCAAUCGUUCGCUGCGCUCACUCGUGAGAUAUCAUGUUCAACACUCGAAAUAAAUCUGAUAUUUUCAAGCACUCAUGUAUUUUUCUGUUUAUUAUAUAAACAAAAUUCAGUGAAAAACAAUAAAACGUCCGUGGCAAUGCGUUUUACAACAAAUGAUAUUUUCGCAUGUAAAAAUAUCGUAUUUUUUACGUGUGUUUAAAUACGAUUUUUCUCAGUGGCCAAAAACUCUAUAUAACACUUAUGUUUAUAUAAUAAAUUAUAAUAUAGCAUUUGUAAAUUCUGAACGCUGAUUGGCUAAGAGCCGUGUUGAUAUAACUCAAUGUCAACACGGGAAAUUUUCCGCCGCUCGUAAACACGGAAAUUUUUCUCAUCCUUCGGGCUUUUGACAUUGCUAUAUUAUAAAAAAAUAUAAAACAUUUUUCCGUAUUGAUAUAUAGUUAUAUCAACAUGGAAAAUGUUUUAUAUUUGUUAAAUAUAAUAUGAACGGAAUAUAAUAUUUAGUCAGGCUUUCUUAUUGUAUUACCAAAUACAUUAGAACCCAAUUUUAGAUUUGAGAACGACGUGUAGCUCAUGUCGUAAUGUCGUUCAACCUUUUAAAAAUGUUUAGUAAUCUUUUAUCGCAUGAUUUGAUAUAAUAAAACAUUUUAUUGUGCCGAUUAUUGUCAUGAUCAAGCAGUAACAAACCCUAUUCAAAUAGGCACGCGACGACCCGAGCAAAUCCAAGAACCACUGCACCGCGUGAGUAAAAAGGAUAAAUUAUAAAUAUACAGUACCGCCUGCCUCGUACCCAGGCGUCUCUUUGUAAAAAAACAGCGAUGCGCAUAUGACGAGUUUACAUGAAGUAUUGUAGUGGGGAGAGACGGACGAAGGGGCUGAUGGGAAGAGUCGCGCGUCGCAUGCCUGAAUACUUCAUGUAUAAUUAUUUAAAGCGCCUGGGUACGAGGCAGCAGUACCGCCGUCAACGGGGGAAGGGAGGGGGUCGCCCUCUUAAUGUUUUUUUUCAGAGUGUGAAUUAAAAUCUUUCAAAUCCAAUAAAAAAUUGGGGAGGUGUGGGGGGAGGGAGGGGGGGGGGGAGGUUGUUAGCAGUUUAAGUUUCUUCUUGUGGUAAGAUCGUGGAUCGAUAAGACAUGAUCCUUACUAGGAAGAACAGUUUAGAACAGAUAGUGCUAUAUAUAUCCAGUAUAAAUAAAGUUAGUUCACUUUAGGUUUCCUCCUGUUGUUAGAUUAGGUUUCCAGUCGAGUUCCAGGUUUUGGUCUUCCGGAUAUAACAUGAGCCUCUGGCUCGGAAGAUUGGGCGACCAUGCACUUCCUGCGUUUUUCGACUUUAGAUAAAUCAUUAUCACUAUUAUCAUUAGUAACACUAGAGCAAUAAGAGAUCGGCAUCAGUGUAGUGGAUCUGUAAGGAGAAUGCAGUCCUUAUAUUUUUUUAAAUUGGUAUACAUUGAAACUACUGAAAAACGACUAAUUGUUCAACGACCAAGAUAAUUUCUUCAUUUGUUUCUCUCCGUUAAGUUCCGUUAUUGUUGGAAUCGAAUAUAUUAUCCGGAGAAACCUUAGAUUAUGGGCAAUUCUUAAAAAGGUGGAUCGGAGGAAACAAUACUUGGAAGCUCUGUUGGCGAGCGACUAGAGACGGAUGGGCAGCCAAGACCUUUCACUCAAACUGCGACUACAAGAAACGUACAGUAACAUUAGUGAAAGUUGGUCAAUAUGUCUUUGGUGGCUACGCUACGGCCUCUUGGGAAGGUAAGAGCAGUGAGCUCCCUAUAUACCUGGAGUGAGAAUUCGAGUUAAAAAAAGUGAAUCCAAGAUGGCGGAAAUUGAAGAGUUAUUGGACGUCAGUUCCAGUCCUUUUCUAUUGUUUUUGUCUACGCGGUUAACACAAAGCUGCCAAGAAGUGUGCCGAAAUUUCGUAUUUUGACAUCGAUUUAAAGAAUAACACUUAUUUUGAGUUCUCCCAAACUGCCACACUAUGCUAUUUCAAUAACUGUAUACAAACACAGGAAAAAAUGUUUGCUAUGGUUCUUUUAUACAGUAGUAUAACUCAAGAAAAGUUUUUAUAUAUAGCCAUUUCCCCCAACUAACUCCAGUUUUUUCUAUAACGGCUAUAUCACCAAACAAGUUAUCAGUUCAUAAAACCAAACGUGGAAAAAACUCGUCCUCCGGGCUCGUCUUCCCACUGAUUAUUUCUCGUUUUCCAAAAUUUCCACGCGUGGUUGUAUAAUGGCAUAGAAACACGGAAAAUGUUUUCUGUUUAUUAAGAGGAGAAUCUUUUGUUUUUUACGCAUAACACGCGCUCAAAACUAAUGAAUAUAUACUUUUCCACUUGCAGGUUAUGACUAUAUAUUCAAUUUUUUAUUUUUGAUACAGGCGUUUCUCAAGCGGCAAACAAACUUAAAAAGUAGGCCUAUAUGUUUAGUGCUUUAUCUGUAAAAUGAUGAGAUUUUUGAAAUUGCAUGAAAUAAGAGCGAAUAUGGGCAACAAGAUUGUUGGGUCUAUAUGGCAAUCUGAACCAUAUUAACGCAAAUCUCACUUGGAAUGACCAUAUAAAAUCGUCGUCGUCUACUUGCUAUGGUACUUAUCGUACUUUUACCACUCUCAGGAAAAUAAAACAUUUCACUCCUUUUUACUCUCAACCACCAGACAUGCACAUUUAAACAUUCAAAUGUAAACUACAAAAUAAAGCUAAGAACAAAGUAAUUUUGAGAGGAACGCCCCAAAAAAAUUAGGUUUUGAACUCUUUUCAUCUCAAACAUGCGACAUAGAAAAAAUGCCUCUUAACUACACAUAUAAACCGAACAAUGUUUGCUCUACAACAGGUUUUCGCCGCUGGAAAAAGGCCGGAGGAUCUUUCAUAUUUUCUCUACGAAAUAAAGAAAAUCUCCCGCCGUUUACGGCUCCACUGAAAGAUGAGAAUACUUGGCACGCAAUUUAUGCGGAUCACAGAUACGGACCAAUAUUUGGAUAUGGUCAUGAUCUUUACAUAGCUGACAAUGCUAUUUCGAGUGCACCGAGUCAUUCAAGCACAUAUUUUAAUACGACCUACCAACCUCCUUCUGGCAUCAGCGGCAAGGUUAUCAAAAUCUUGGCUGGGACAUUCAGAUUCUCUCCUUCGCAAGUUGAGGUUUUUUAUCUUGUGUAGAACUAACAUCAGUAUACAUUUCGUGUAGUAGUAUACUUAGUAUACUUACUGUAAUAACAUG